UGAUUCGCUGUGCUCAUCCUGAACUCCAUGCCGUAUUAUCUGGUUUUACCCUGCCAACGUCUUUUCAACGAGCUUCUAGGUAGGAUUAGAAUGACUUAGCAUGGCCUAUCGCAACAUGUCGGAGGACAGUGUCACAGCAUACGAUCGUCGACCACUCCGUUCGCCCUACUCUAGUUCUCGUGUGUCUAACUCAUACGAACCCUUUGAAAAUAAUGAAGAGAACGCCUACCAGCAGAGUUAUGACCGCGGCAGGGUCUCGCGGUCUCCUUCGUAUUCACCUCAUGGCAGACACAGCCGGCGAACUUCUUCUGCCCACGCAUGGAUGUACUCUUCCACGCGCUAUUCUCCUCACACAAUUCCAGGUCAGUCACUCUUGAAUCGGAUUGCUCCGUCUGAAAGCUCGCUGUUGGCAUGCAUAAGUGGAGGGAUGUUGACACCUGACGUGGAGGACAGACGGGAGAGUCCAAAAGAAGGAGAGGUUGAGUUAGGGUCGGUGGAAAUGGACGAGGCCAAAGCGUUUGCGGAUAACCUAAUUCGAGCAUCUGAACAAGAUAUGUUGGAAAGGAGGGUCCAGCGGGAGAAAAACGACCCAGCAGUUCCAGAGUCCUCGAAUGAUACUCAGCUUGGUGUGAAGAUGGAUACAUGUGCGGAUGGAUAUGCAUCCCCCAUGACUAUCUUACCUACGUUACAAAAAGAAGAUUCACAACAGUCCACAUCCGCAUCACCGUCUGCUGCUGCAGCACCAAGACCGUUGUUGAGCAUUCUUGAGGAAGCCAAACAUCUCAUGGCACCUAUCAUCCUACAAAAUGCUCGAAGGCGCGAUUCCAAGGCAGACGAGGGUCUCAUCAGACGCAAGGUGGAAGCUUUGCUUACCGAAGAGCACUGUCUGGAAUUUGUACGUCUCGCCAAGGAAGCCCAAGCACAAAUGACCACCAGGGAGGUCACUCCUGCCCCAGAAUUGCUCAACGGCAGAACGAGCGUGAAGCGCUCGCGUGAUUCCUUAACGACGACAGAUGAAAGUCCUAUGAGGCCAUUAAAGGCCUCUCGCAGCAUGUCGCCUUCGUCCUUGACUACCACUUCGCCUUCCAAGCACUCUCGUCGGCUCUGCGACGAUUUGCCCAUUGCACCACAGAGACGUUUUGAUGAUCUCCCAGCUUCAACCCCUAAAAUGCCGCGGGCGAUGUUGAAGUCGCUGUCUCCAGCGAAAGUCCCCGCUCAGCGAGAUGCGAGGACUGACGAUCUUCAUGUCCCCUCCUUGACAGGAAUACAUACUCCACCAAAAUCUGCUGUCAAAGUAAUGGAGAUCGAUUCUACUUCAUCUAAUACAGACAACUCCCCGCCGAGCGAUUUCCCCCAGGAACCGAGACCGGCAGUUGAGCCUCCAAGCAUACGCGAAGAAUCGGACUUAGAAGCUAAACUAGACACUGAACCUACGGAAUUGACCCCCCAGAUAAGUCCCGACCUUCACCCACCAUCGCAAGUUCUUGACGUGCAGGAAUUGAGGGAUUUUACCCUUCCUGUCGUUGAGGCACCCCAGGAGGGUGCUGUCGAUGACCACGCAUCUGAUGAAAUCGAAACUGGGAAAGUGCUCGGAGACGACCAGCAACGUACCCCCGAAAUCGACGCUCGGAGUCCGACCGACUUUACAUCCUCAGUCAAUGCUCCGAUAUCAAUGAACGUAGACCGUUAUCAGUCGAAUCGCGAACGGUUCAACGAUACGGAAGCAAAACCAAAUGAAGAUCACGCCGUCUUAACUUCGAGGGAGGGGAGUUCAGGUAGUGCUGAAGAUUCUGUCCAGGAUACUCAGGGAGAGGCACCCACGCACAUUCAGACCGACUCCGUUGAUCAAGCUAUUCUUCUAGAAAGAUCCCAAUUAUCUAACGAUCGGCAACUCUCGGAGAAUGCUCAGAAGCUCAACGUCGAUACCAGAUGUUCACCAUCCUCGGAGGGUCAGCGUGAAUCGACGGAGGAGCAUGAGUCCGAACUUGCAAUUGUUCCCGGGACUGAACUAAAUGUAUCUGCCGUUAUUGAGAACGCUGUGGACUCAGCUCAAGAUAUGCCUGUUCUACGCUCUACAUCUGGAGAUGAUAACUCAGAAGAUAGUGGGAUGCCGGAAUCCAACAACGCAGAACGCAAAUCUGGUUCUCCGUCUCCAGAUGCUGUUAAUCGUCGUUCAGAGCCUUUAGGGCCACUUGCUGAACGUUCAACACUCUCCGAGCAACAAGCAUCAGAGUCCCAUGUAGUUUCGAUGGACGAUUCAGGAAGGACUCACCUCAAGUCUCCCCCUCGAAUUCCUCAGGCUGGCGAGGACUCAUCUUCCGACUUGACCAAAUCUUCUGGAUCUCUCAUCUCUGCCCAACAUGCGGAAAUUCUGGACCAUAACAUGUUAUUGUCAACUGCUCCGGACAUUUCCUUGCCCAUUGUGCAGACGGGACGCGAUACCAUUGCAGAACCUACUCACCAAUCUCAUGAUGAGCCGGGCGUUGACGCUGAAACCGACAUGCAGAAUAGAUCAGUGGUACAAAUGCAUCAACCCGUUGGUCUGUUGACAGACGAAGCACGGGUUUCUCGUACCGCUGGCCACAUAUCCCCCUCGCUCGAAUCACAAGCGGAAUCUCAGGCUAUGCACAUUGAUACGGACCGUACUUCAUUGACACAGCCGAGGUCUGACUUUGCUCCUGUUCUGCCGCCUCGUUGUUCUGUUCCCGGACUUUGGUUCGUGAUUCCCGGCAAGUCGAGUGCAGACAUCCUUUCUUUCAGCUUUCCUGUUGAGGAUCACGUCGCUACUGCUGCGAACCGAUGGGCCAAUCGUCACAUGUCAUUCGAUGCGUCUUCACCUCAUGUUAAAGCUCAGGUAUCGUGUUUGUCAUUGUCAAAGGUCACGGAGAUGCAGCAUCUUUUGGACCCUGUCACGCCUUUACAGGACGUGCUGGAGGGACUGUGGAAGAUACAUGCGGAAUGGCCACAGCCUGGUCAUCUCAUUAUCGAGCUUAAUUCUGAAUCGGGGGAUCAACGGAUAUGGCUACCGGCCGAAUUCGGCGACGGUCCACUGGAUGUUUCCGCUCAUAUCCGCCCUGGCCUGAAUACUGCUCGCUUCAUACAACUGUCUGAUAUGUCUGACAAGCUCUUUAUCCUGACUGCGUCUGCUCCAUCUGCGGAGGAGACGGAGCGAUGUACUACACGUUCCAGGGAUAUCGCAUUAUGGAACAACUUCGUCGAGAGGACUAUGGCUCAGACGUUAGCUUCAGGAAUUAACGUUGUAGCAAGAUCGAUUGUUCUUGUAUAGUGCUUCUUGGUUUUCUUCGUCCGAUGGUCCUGCUGAAUACAACAAUAUAUACAGCUAAACUGCACCUUUUGCAGUAAAGCAGACCCUGCAAGUGAUCGAAUUGUUUCGGUGUCAAGCUGGUCGAAUCUGAUGACGCUCAGAAUACGGUACGGUGGCCGUAGGCUGUACCUCAGCGAUAGGUGUCUCCAAUUGCUCAGGCUCCUCCGUCAAAUGUGACGCCAUCCUUUGGGUGGGGUUUUCUACGCCGAAGAUAUAAAGUCGUUCGGGUGUGACAUAAUCAUCAGCAAAACCGUCUGGAGGCGCUCACUCAAAACUUCCGUUACUUCCGAGGGAUAGGCCAGUGUGCAUUGCAUAUGCAAUGGAAGUAGGUAGUACACAAUGGAAGUGGAGUCGUGGAUUCUCGAUCCAAAGACCCUCUCCCUCAUGGUCAGGGUUAUGGGACAGGGUUGCAACACGAGGUCAAUCUUCUGCAAGCCCAGAUGAACGUGUCCAAGAACGCGGUGCUGUCCAAAUGAACUCAAAGAGGUGGUUGACAGCCUCGCAAAAUGAACCCCCUGAGGAGCCAAAGUCUCCGUUACUUGUAUCAUUAUGGUACGCCAAGCACAAGCUUCAGUAGGGCAUACGGACGUCAAUGAGUACUCUAACAUGGGUAUCCUGCCAUCUGGAAUGUUUCGUCUCACCUGUAACUUUGUUCUAAAUACUGUCCUGAAUGAACAUUUUCUCUGAGACCGCACGUAAGUCUAGAACAUAUGGCAUCGUACGUAACACGUUAAAGAAAGCAGUCACUUCUGU